ACUAUUCUUAGCGAGUUUUGCCGUUAUUAGUAACGAAAAGUGUCGUUAUGAUGUCGUUACGGUGCGAGCGGAUAGCGAGGCUCAGAGACCCCCUCGGUACGCUAUAACGACCAUUAUAACGAUACUUUGCACACGAGCUAGAGGAGUGGUGUGCGUUUCCCAUAUUUUUCUCGACUCCGAGAAAGUGCUUCGAAAAGUGCUCCGAAAGUGAAAAAUAAUUACGCCGUUCGAAAUAACAAGUAAGAUCAUGGCUAUCGAAUACCUUGCUUGGGAUGUAUUCGUUCUUAAGGAAAGAUUACGUCGACUCGAACGUCGUGUGGAAAGAAGGCGACUGAGAGAUGCUUAGAAUCCUUUUCAGCUACCACGAGAAGAGUUUCUCAGCCUUUUUCGCCUGCCUCAAGAAGCUGUGAUGAAUCUCGUUAAUCUGUUACGUGCAGAGUUGCAGAGUGAACGGGUUAUUGGGUUAAGCCCAGAAAUCAAGGUGUUGGUCGCCAUUCGAUUUUACGCUCAAGGUUGUUAUCAACGGAGUGUCGGAACCAACAACAAUUUAACAUCAGCCAGUCAUCAACAAGUCGUUGCCUGCAUGCUGUUACCGAAGCAAUCAACAGGCGCUUGCUUCGUAGAUGGGUAAAAUUUCCAAUGACUGCCAUCGAUCAGCAGCAAGGAAGGGAAAAGUUUGCUACUGCUCCACAGCCAUUUGAGGGUGCAAUAGGCGCAAUCGACUGUACGUUUGUACACAUACUUGCCCCAUCGGAACAUGAGGAGGCAUUCGUCAAUCAUCAUGGCCGGCAUUCUUUGAACGUGCAAGCAAUUGUUGAUCCAGAUCUCACAAUAUUGAACAUAAAUCCACGACAUCCAGGUGCUCGAAAUGAUGCGUACAUAUGGAGCACAUCACCUAUCCGGAGGGCUAUGGAAUUCCAUUAUAAUCGAGGAGAACGAAGAACUUGGCCAAUUGGUGACGCUGGAUAUCCGUUGGAGCCUUGGCUGUUAACACCUCUGGCCAAUUUUCCUGAAGAUACGCGACAACAUCAAUAUACACAACAACUAUGUAAGGCUAGAAGCGUCGUCGUGCGGUUUUUUGGAGUUUUUAAAUCUGUAUGGAGAUGCUUGUCAUACCAGCGAGUCUUGAUGUACGAACCAGCGUUCGCAGCGAAAAUUGUUAAUGCGUGUGCAGUACGGCACAACAUGAGAGUGCAACUACGAUUAAACAAUGAAGAUGACGAACAACUAGCACCGAUAGCUCAUCCCGUAGAGAAUGAUGUUGAUCCGAUGGAUCAAGAUGAAGAAUACAACAGACAAGGACCACGCGCUUUGGCUCAACGAAUUCAACAACAAAUUAUGAGAGAAAGAUUUCCCAACUUCCGUGAUGCGGAAAAAUAGAAUACAGAAUAUGGAAUGAUGUUUAUGGUUAAAUUGCCAACAAGUAUAAUGUUUAAAAGUGAUGAGAGAAAUUAACGACAACAGAGUCAGGGCGGUGUUACGCCCCGACAUACCGCCUUGGCGUACCUUUUUCAAAAUUCCAUUUCAUUUCAUUUCUUUAAUUUCUUCAAUGCACAGAUAUUAUUUCAUCAAAAUCUCAUAUUCUAAUAACGGCGAGUUCCACCCCUCCUGGAAAAAGUCACGUAGAGACCAACAAUGAUCCCUAGUAUAAGGUUCGACUUUCUUCUAUUUAACUGGUACCAAGAACGGAGAUAAGGGCCUGCUGAAUUAGCAUCAGUAGCGCUCAGUC